CAGCUCCUCACCAACGUCAACACGGUGCACGUGCUCCUCUCCACCACAACACAGCUACCACCGCCGCUCCCGCAUUCUCUACCAAUCACAACUCAACACCACUAAAAAACGAGAGCAUAACGUAGCUGUCAAAACAAAAAUGGAAGACGUGGCAGAUGUAAACAUUGCCCGGGUACGAGACAAUUUUGCAAAUUGGGAAGAUGACAGGACACCCCUGGCGCCGCUGACGCCGGAGGAGCGUGACUCCAUCAUCGAGUUGACGGCGGUGUCAGGGUGGAGGGCGCUGCCGGCGGAGGUGACGGAGGAGACCUUGGGUGAUGAGGUGGAUGGUGCCAGCGGCGGCCCCACACCCGACCAAGCACCAGAGUCUAACCUUCCUGGCAGUCUCUCUCGCUUGAAACUUGGAGAAGUACAUAUAGAAUCAAGUCAGCAGUUCUUGUCUUGGUUUGCUGAAGUGGAGAGAGACAUGUGUGAAGAGCAAGAUGGACCUUAUCGUGACUAUGUAAAUCAAUUGGAAGCCCAUCGAUUGGAAUGUCACACGCUACUUGCUCAGCUUGAUAAUGCCCUUGAUAACCUUCAGCAUCUUUCUUCACAGUAUACCAGUGUAUCAAAUAAGACUGGUGCUCUUCAUACUGAUUGUGAGCACUUGCUGGCAGAGCAGACACAACUCACCAACAAAGCAGACACAAUUGAAAGUAAACUUACUUAUUUUAAGGAGGUAGAUAGAAUCAGCCAGAAGCUCAAUUCUCCAGCUUUUCAAGUUACAAGUGAAGGAUUUAUCCCUUUGCUAGCCAAAAUUGAUGAGUGUAUUGGUUAUAUGAAUACAAAUCCAACAUUUCAAGAGUCUUCUCUGUAUUUAGCUAAAUAUAAACAUUGCUUGAGCAGGGCUCUUGGUAUGGUAAAGUCAUAUGUAACAAAGUCUUUAGAAAAUGCUACGCAGCAAGUAUUGUGUAAGCCUGGCACAGAAAAACCAACCACUGACAAUGCUGCUGUUCUUUACUAUGGAAAAUUUCGGACUAAUGCCCCUAGGAUUAAAUCCUUGAUGGCAGAAAUUGAAGACAGAGUUGAAACUAGCCCUGAGUACACAAAUCUUCUUAGUGACUGCCACCAGUGUUACUUUUCUCAGCGACAAAGACUCAUGGGGCCUUGUGUUGCCGAUGCAGUUUCUCAGUUAUCGCAGAAAUAUGAACGAGAUUAUUGCACAUUGGUGCGAAGUGGGUGUGCCUUUCUCAUCCACGUAUGUGAGGAUGAACAUGCACUCUUUCAUCAGUUUUUUACAGCUGGGACUCCAGAUUUGGAUACAUUUCUUCAGGGGCUCUGUACAGGGCUAUAUGAUGUCUUACGGCCUAUCAUCAUCCAUGUUGACCACUUGGAGACACUCUCAGAACUCUGCAACAUUCUCAGAAGAGGGAUGAUAGAGGAGCACUUGCAGAACAAUCCAACACAACUAGCUCCUCUCACUUCAGUCGUUAACCAGAUGCUAGAAGAUGCACAAGAGCGCUUGGUUUAUCGUGCUCACAUCUAUGUUAAUACAGAUAUUGCCAACUACCGUCCAUCACCAGGAGAUCUUGCAUAUCCUAAUAAGCUUCAAAUGAUGGAAAACAUUGCUGAGAGUAUAGCAAUUCAGAGGAAAAAUCAUUCUCGCAAUGCUUCUGUUUCUUCCAUGUCUUCCAUAAAAUCUGCUACCAGUGAAGAAGUUGCUAAUAUCACGAGGGCAGCAGAGGAAAGGUUUUCUCGUGUGGGCACAUCACCAGCAGAUUUACAUGGCAUGUGGUAUCCAACUGUCCGGCGCACUCUUAUGUGUUUAUUUAAGCUCUAUCGAUGUGUUGAUAGAAGUAUAUUUCAGGGAAUGUCACUGGAUGCACUAGCAGCAUGCAUGCAGAGCCUGAGUCUGGCCUCUGCAUCCAUCAGUAAACAUUCUUCUCCACUAGAUGCACAGCUUUUUGAGAUCAAACACCUCCUCAUUCUUCGGGAACAGAUGGCACCAUUUCAGGUUGAUGCAUGCUUACACGAGACAAGUCUAGACUGGAGUAAGGUUCGUAAUGCAGCACUUGGACUAGUGCAGAAGAGAGGUCGACUUUUUUCACUGUCCUCCAACAAUGCUCUUCUGGAGUUCAUAGUAGAAGGCACUCCACAGGUGACGGAGCAAAGGCUGGAUUCAAAGAGAGAUCUAGAUAAUCGACUGAAAAAAUUGUGCGAACUGCUAAUAUUUACAUGCACUGAAACCUUGUCUAGUCCACUGACCCUGUUUUUGACAAAGACUGAAGUCAUAUUGCAGAUGAACCAAGAAGAGAAUGUCAAACCUAUUAUAAUCAAGAAUCAACCAUUUGCUGUACCUGAGAAAGUAGCAGAUGUAAUAAGUAGCUGUCAAAAGAAUAUUCGCACUCACCUGCCCAACAUUCAACGCAGUAUGCAGCUUUAUUUGGCAAACCGUGAUACUGAAUUCAUCCUUUUCAAGCCUGUGCGUUCAAAUAUCCUUGCCUCCUUCUCUAAGGUGCAGAAUAUACUAGUAAACAAUUACAGUGAGGAGGACAGAAUAAUAAUAGCUUGUCCAUCUCAAGAAGAGGUCUCGGCACUUCUUUCAUCCCUCUUUAGGAGCUAAUGGUGCCAAAGUUUAUAUUUAUUUAUACUAAAUGGAAUUUAAUACAGAACUAACUGCUUUUUAAAGAGCUUGAGUAUCUAGAAUCUUGAUUAUGUAGAUCAUACAAAGUUCAUAUUUAUCACAUUUUUAACCCAUUUGAUAGCAUACAAAUCUGUACAUAUUAUAUAGUGUAAUAUUUGUUACACAAGAUGAUCAACAUUCUGGAAAAUAGCUUCUUAAUAAUCAGUUUUCAGUGGAAAUUUUAUUAGAAUUUUCUUUCAAAUCUAUGCAAACAUAAUUACAGUACCUUUUCAAACAAUAUGAUAUACCAUUGAAUAUAAAUUAGUAUCCAUCCUAAUUUAUUGCAGAAUUGUUUUAUGUACUUAGUUUUUUAUAUGUUUUAGGAUGAACUGUACUUUCAAACAUUUAUCCAUAAAGUGUGCUCUGUUAUCUACAUUCAAACUGUGUGACACAUACUGAUUCUUGCCAAAGCAUUUUGAGUGCUUCUAUAAACUAAAAUUGGUUUGAAGAUACAUUUGUUUAAUAAUUUGUAUGUUACACCAUGCAUGUGUUAAGAGGUGAUUUAUUUUUGUCUACAUUCCACUUCAUAUAUUGGAUUAAGUAAAACUUCUAGUCUAAUGCUCUUUAUAUGUAAUUCUUUGGAAGUUUGAUAAUGAUUAUUUUUGCACAUUUAAUAGUAUUCAUAAUCAUCAUAACAGAGAAUUUUCAAAGCAUUUAAUUAAUGAAGAUUCCUUUCCAAAAUGCUGAGUAUUUACCCAGAGUAAGCUUAAAAUAGAUUUGAAAUAGAUGAGCAUAGUGUGGUUCUUAAUGCUUCAUUACAAAUGUUUGGAUCAAAAUUUUUAUUUUGCACUUGCUCAAAAUUUUCUAUAAAAUUGUGAUCAGAUGCUUUGAGCAUAUUGACCUUAUUGGCUUGAGUGACUUGUGUUGACGAACCUUGCUUAUCGGCACACACAGAAAUCACAAUAGCGUGAUGCAUCAAAUGAACAAAUCCACAAGGGCAGUUGAUUAGUGCAGCAUCUGGGAUCCCCUCGGACGUAGGUUCGAACCCUCGUCACGGCCCGUGUGGAUUUGUUCUUUCUUAUCAGCAUUUUGAGCACAUGGCAAUAUGGUAGAUUAAUUUAAAACCAUGAGGAGCAGUCUUCUGUUUUAGCGUUCUCGAAACUCCAUUGUAUAUUCGUUCUUAAAUUUUUAUUUCAAUUGUUCUUUGUUACAGUAGUUGAUUCCAUAAUAUAUAUUUAUUUCCUUAAAGUAGAAUGGUUUUAUAUUAAUAAUUCUUUUGUUAUAUAUAUUGUUAAAAAAGUGCCUUGUUAAGCGUGGUCUCCUAGGGUCCCAUAAUAUGCAGUUAUACAAACA